AUGCCCUCCCUUGAGAACCCCACCUUUCAGAGUGAGGCUCGCUUGCUCCUCGUCUCCAAUCGGCUUCCAAUCACCAUCAAGCGAUCGGAUGAUGGUCGCUAUGACUUCUCUAUGUCCUCCGGUGGCUUGGUCAGCGGAUUGAGUGGCCUGUCCAAGUCCACGACCUUCCAAUGGUACGGCUGGCCCGGUUUGGAGGUUCCGGAGGAGGAGAUUCCCGUCGUGAAGCAACGCCUGAAGCAGGAGUAUAACGCUGUGCCAGUGUUCAUUGAUGACGAGCUGGCAGAUCGUCACUACAAUGGCUUCUCUAACUCUAUUCUCUGGCCCCUCUUCCACUACCAUCCCGGCGAGAUUACCUUUGAUGAGUCCGCCUGGGAGGCAUACAAGGAGGCCAACCGCCUCUUCGCCAAAGCGGUUGCGAAGGAAGUUCAAGAUGGUGACUUGAUCUGGGUGCAUGAUUAUCACUUGAUGCUCCUUCCCGAGAUGCUGCGCGAGGAGAUCGGCCAUAGCAAGGAAAAUGUCAAGAUUGGCUUCUUCCUCCACACGCCCUUCCCUAGCAGCGAAAUCUACAGAAUCCUCCCAGUGCGGAACGAGUUGUUGCUCGGUGUUCUGCAUUGCGACCUGAUCGGGUUCCAUACCUACGACUACACUAGGCACUUCUUGAGUGCUUGCUCACGACUCUUGGGCUUAACAACUACACCUAAUGGGAUUGAAUUCCAGGGCAAGAUCAUUGCUUGCGGUGCCUUCCCUAUUGGCAUCGACCCAGAGAAGUUUGAAGAGGGGUUGAAGAAGGAGAAGGUCCAGAAACGCAUUGCAAUGCUGGAACAAAAGUUCCAGGGCGUGAAGCUCAUGGUGGGCGUGGACCGCCUGGAUUACAUCAAGGGUGUCCCCCAGAAACUGCAUGCCCUUGAGGUGUUCCUUAGCGACCAUCCGGAGUGGGUUGGCAAGGUUGUCCUGGUUCAGGUUGCUGUUCCUAGUCGACAAGAUGUGGAAGAAUACCAGAACUUGAGGGCUGUUGUGAAUGAGCUGGUGGGCCGUAUUAACGGCAAAUUUGGCACCGUUGAAUUCAUGCCUAUCCACUUCCUGCACAAGUCAGUCAACUUUGACGAGCUAAUUGCUCUGUACGCGGUUUCCGACGCCUGCAUUGUUUCGUCGACCCGCGACGGAAUGAACCUCGUUGCCUAUGAGUACAUCGCAACACAGAAGAAGCGUCAUGGUGUCUUGGUGCUUUCCGAGUUCGCGGGUGCCGCUCAGAGCCUUAACGGCAGUAUCAUUAUCAACCCCUGGAACACCGAAGAGCUGGCGGGUGCUUAUCAGGAAGCGGUGACCAUGAGCGACGAGCAGAGGGCCCUCAACUUCUCCAAGCUCGACAAAUAUGUCAAUAAAUAUACAAGUGCAUUCUGGGGCCAGUCCUUCGUGACGGAACUGACUCGCAUCUCGGAGCAUUCAGCGGAGAAGUUCCAUGCUAAGAAGGCUUCUUUCAGCGACAACAACUCCGAGAACGGAGAACGUUCUAACGGUGUAAGUACCCCGGACCAGGAGCAAGUGGCACAGUGA